AUGUUGUCAGUCCUCGUCUGCUGUGUGCUACUGGCAGUGGUGAGGUGUGAGGUGCAGUACCAGCACCCAGAGGAGUGGGAUCUGUGGAAGACGGAGCACGGGAAGAGCUACCAGUCCCAGAGAGAGGAGCUGGAGAGACAUCUCGUGUGGCUCUCCAACAGAGAAUACAUCAACGCACACAAUGCAAACUCUGACAUUUUCGGAUUCACCCUCUCCAUGAACCACUUUGGAGACAUUUCUGAUACUGAAUUUGAGAGUCUGUAUCUCUCCAAGUGGACCCAUAAUAAGACCAACAACUACACCAAGUAUUUCAAGAGCAGCUCGUCUGUGUCAGACCACCCAUCUUCCAUUGACUGGAGGACUAAAGGAGCAGUCAGCGACAUCAAGAACCAGGUGUUGUUCUGUUGUUCUGUUUGA